CUUGUGAGACAGCAAUAGUAUACACUUUUUAACACAGCUUGGACUAUCCCAGGACUAUCACAGGGGUCUGAAAGUGACCAAAGCAGCUGGGACAUAUUCGUUAUCUGCCUUUGAAUAUCUUUAUUGUGAAUCUGCUCCCUCAAUAGCCGUGGGAACUGCCUAUUUCAUUCAGUUUAUUGCUGUGCAGUAGAACUGAACCUGUUCCUUUAAUAACACACGUCAAAGGACUCAAACUCCAUUAUAAAAACUGGCUCCAACCGUCAUGGUCACGCAGAGCAAGUUCCCGAGCAUGAGCCGGGCACUGGACUCUAGUCUACGACUUAAGACCUUCUCUUCCCGCAGCGAGUACAACCUUGUGCUGACUGCAGUGCGCAAACUCCAAGAGAGUGGUUUUUACUGGAGCACUGUAACAGGCAGCCAGGCAAACUUACUACUGAGCACAGAACCAGCGGGAACAUUUCUUAUCCGUGACAGCUCUGAUCGGCGACACUUUUUCACCCUCAGUGUCAAAACUGAGUCGGGUACCAAGAACCUUCGCAUUCAGUGUGAGCCUUGUGGAUUCUCUUUGCAGACUGACCCACGCAGUGCCCAGCCAGUACCACGUUUUGACUGUGUCUUAAAGUUGCUGUGCCAUUAUAUGCCAGCCAAGGACUCAGGCAGUGGCUCCAAACGGGCAUAUUACAUUUAUUCUGGAGGGGAGCGGGUCCCUUUGCUUCUGUCACGGCCACUAUCAACCAGUGUGUCUUCUCUGCAGCACUUAUGUAGGAAGGCUGUAAAUGGUACCAUAGAAGGGGGUGAGGGGCGAGAGCAGCUGCCGUUGCCCAUAAAAGACUUUCUGCAGGAAUAUGACUCCCCUGUGUAGCCAAAGAAAAGGAUCAACAGGAAUUAAAACUCAAAUGAGUAGAAUGCAUGGUUGCCACACAGAGUGCCCAGUGCCUAGGAAGAAGAGAGCACAGAGAACAGAGGCACAGAGCACCCAUGGAGAUCAGUAAAGCAAGGCAAUAAAAAGAUUAUGACAAAGUGGACCUAAAGAAACAACAUUUGCCUGCAAAGGACAUUUUGUUCAGUAUUAAAAAGCCUGAGACAAAAAAAGUGCUUAAUACUUAAGUGAUGAACACAAAAUGCCAAGUACUGUUUUAGAGACUGAGCAUCUGCAAUAAGAACUGUCUAAAUAAACACAGUAUGUGACCAUCAGACACUUCCCCUCUACCUCUCAAAUGACCCUGCUCGCCGGGCGCAGAGGGAAGUGGUGGAAAGGAUGGUGGCUGCUCUAAGGACCUUGGUUCUGGUUCCCUCCCCGGCAAACACUACCAGAACCCAGGGCCUGUUUUGCACUGAAAGUUGGAGGAUGUAUUUAUUACAAUGUCACCUACACAGCCUUAAUCAGAUCUUCUGGAGGGCAGUAUCUGUCACACUGCAGGGCAUUACCAGUACAUGUAGCGCUAUACAGAUGGCAGCUUCCAUGUAUUAUCUCCAGGAGAGACUGAACUCAUGCACAAGCAUUGGGCCGAUAUACACUUGCCUGCACAUUACAUUCUUAUCGGCAGAAAUACAAAAAUACUUGCACCCUGGACAAUGAAUGGUGACGUCACCAUGAAGUUUUGUUUUUUUUUUGCACAAGAAACGUGUGCCAUUGCUGGGUGAGACCGCAGAGGGCACUGUACAUGAUCCUAACCUCAAUCAUGUUUACAUGACGACCACCAAUAAUGGGCAACAUCCCCAGGACAAAAUUUGCACAUAUUUAUAUUUAACACAAAGAAAUCCAUUUCAGUAACUUAUAAUAAAAAAUAAUUUUUGUAAUGAAA